GGGGAGCGGCAGCCGGCCAGGAGCGGCCGGUGCGCGCCCGCCCGGGGGACUUGGGGUUCGUAGGGGUAUUGUUUUCGGCUCUGAAGAGGUCCCCGCCCAACCUUCAAAAUUUUGUCCAAAAGCAGACAAGAGGAUCGCCCCGCGCUGAGCCGGCUGGUGGGCAGCAGGAGGCGCCUGAUCGCCGCCGGGGCGCUGGGGGUGGUGAUGGUGCUCCUGCUGGUCAUCCUCAUCCCGGUGCUGGUGAGCUCCGCCGGCACGUCGGCGCACUACGAGAUGCUGGGCACCUGCCGCAUGGUCUGCGACCCCUACGGGGGCACCAAGGCGCCCAGCACCGCCGCCACGCCCGACCGCGGCCUCAUGCAGUCCCUGCCCACCUUCAUCCAGGGCCCCAAAGGCGAGGCCGGCCGGCCGGGGAAGGCUGGUCCGCGCGGGCCCCCCGGCGAGCCCGGGCCGCCAGGCCCCGUGGGGCCCCCGGGCGAGAAGGGUGAACCCGGCCGCCAAGGCCUGCCGGGCCCUCCGGGGGCGCCCGGCCUGAACGCGGCCGGGGCCAUCAGCGCGGCCACCUACAGCACGGUGCCCAAGAUCGCCUUCUACGCGGGCCUCAAGCGGCAGCACGAAGGCUAUGAGGUGCUCAAGUUCGACGACGUGGUCACCAACCUGGGGAACCACUACGAUCCCACCACGGGCAAGUUCACCUGCUCCAUCCCGGGCAUCUACUUCUUCACCUACCACGUCCUGAUGCGCGGAGGCGACGGCACCAGCAUGUGGGCCGACCUCUGCAAGAACAACCAGGUGCGUGCUAGUGCAAUUGCGCAAGAUGCUGAUCAGAAUUACGACUAUGCCAGCAACAGUGUGGUCCUCCAUCUAGAGCCGGGAGAUGAAGUCUACAUCAAGUUAGACGGUGGGAAAGCCCACGGAGGAAACAACAACAAAUACAGCACGUUUUCUGGAUUUAUUAUUUAUGCAGACUGAGAAUGCAGAAACUGAGCUUAUGAUUCUGAGUCUGAACACUGGAUUCGUAUGGCUAACGUCAGUGACUCAAGGAUCCCAGGGGAUGCCGAUGGCAGGGCACCUCGGUGUGUAUAUGUGGGGAAAUCAAAAGCUACCUGACUCACAUCUGUAUCACUCAGAAACAUUAUGUAAAAAGUAUUUAAAGCAAGAUAAGCAGAUGUGUGAUCCACUACCGCCAAAGCAAAUACUCCGUAUUGUUAGUGUCCAUGUGAAUGAAGUCCUAUAUAGAUCACAAAUUUUUAUAGAAAAAUCUAAGACACUGAAUUAUUUCUUCAAUAUAUAUGAUACUUUGGUGUACUGUGAUCUUGCUGCUUUUAUCCAUAUGUCAGCUUUGGUUCUUGUAACUUCACUUGCUUAUUAUGAUCCUUGGAGUCCAUUCAUAGAGGGGAGGAGUCACUUUACCCUGCAGGAGAAGGUCUGAUUGAAGUGAUGCUGCUUGCCCCCAAAGACAUUGUUUUGCCUUGUACUCUUGUUAACUUUAGAGCUAGACCUGGAAUGGUUCAACUUCAAGCCUUAACCUGGAAUUUUCUGGAUUUGUGGGAAUUCCCAAGCCUAUGAUCGUUUUCACAUUUUUUUCCUUUUCAUAUGAAUUUUUUCUUUUCUGGUGAUAGUUUUUAAAAAUAGAGCUGAAAUUGUAUCAUAGGAUUCCCCCUAAGUGUGAAAAUGUGUAAUUAUGUGCAGUAUUUAGAAAAUCCCUUAUGUGUCCAUUUCAUCAAUAGAAUAUAUUUAGAUUCACUUGGACAGUCAGAUAAAAUUAUUCUUUAGUAUUCAAACAAACUGAGGCUUUUGCCUUCUUUGGAACAAAAGAUUAUUCAUAACCCAGUGCACAAAGGUUUAAUUUGAGCUACCGCAUGCAUCACCAAGGGGACACUAAGAAAGGCCUUUAAAUAGUUACUACAAAUCUGUGGCCUGAGGUGAUUUCAAAAUUAACAGUUUCACAUAGAUCCAAUGUGACAACAAAGUGUAUAUCUUUUAUAUAAGUAUAUGCCACACACAUAUUUAUAUAUAUAUAUAUAUAUACUAGAUGAAAUAUUAUAUAUACAUAUAUAAGUGGCUUCAGUCCACAAGGCACAGUGGUUGUAUAGCCUCAAAAAUUAAUUUAAAAAGUCUAUGUGUAUACUCACACAGAACCAUGCAUAAAUUAUUUGACUUAUUUUGGGUUAAAUAUAUUUUAGAUGACAAAAAUAUAUAGAGUAGCAAAAAUUUAAAAAAAAAUGACGUAUCUGUAAGAGUUAUCCAGAAAGUGAUAUUUCACUAGGUUCAGAUGUCUAUGUUUCAUAUGUAUGUGAGUUAAGCCUAUAGCUGCUGUAUUACCAUAUGCCAAUCGAUACUUUAGCUGCAUUCUCUGGCAGACUGUUUAAUAUCAGGACAUGGAAACCAAGUAGCUCUCCUUCACAAUGUCUAUGAAUUACAUGCAUUUGACUUAAGCAAUUUUUUUUCUUUUGUCUCAGGUGGAUUGAAGCUGACAGUAGUGCAGACCCUUUCUCUAGUGAAAAUACAUGGCCAAAAGCCAUCUCUUUAGUCAAAGGAAAAGAUCAAAACGCAUGUGAAUACAUCCUACCAUACACAACUUCCAUUCUUAAAAUGAAAAGUCUGUUCUCAUUGCAGUUGCCUUUAAAGACUCUGAUAAGUAGACUUCGAAAACAGAGAUUUAAAAAUCUGCUUGUUUUACUGGUGAAGGGCAUUUGCAUUUUUUUUUUUUUUUCUGUAAAGGAGUUGGUGUGUUCUCCUGGCUCAUUUCUCUUUCAUGCUUUCUGUUCUAAUACACAGGAAGCUGGAUCAUCUAUGACCAGCUGAAAAACCUUUCAUUUAGCAAAGUUCAGCUUUCCAAGAGUUAUGCAUAGUGUUCCCAUCUGAAGGUGGUGUUUACUGUGUUUAAAUGCCUUGGUCUGAGUAACUGUCAUGAUUUAUAGGACAAAAACACUUAGCCCAUUCCUCGAGAAUACUGACUAAUUCUAUUUGGCCUUUAUAAUAUACAAGAUAAGUCACAAAUGAAUCGCAGUAGUUUAAUUUCUACUGAACAACAUGCAUUUAUCAAAGAACUGGCAGCAGAGAUGAGAGAUUUGUUUGGGACACCAACUAACACACCAAGGAUGCACAAACAACAGGGCACAACCAUCAAGAGUUUUAACCAUGAGUUUUUAAAAGGCUUUAUUUGUACAAAAUAUCAUGGCUGGAUAUAUUUUAAAGAACAGUCUUUAGAAUCUGACUAUCAUUUCCAAAAAGAUCUAACCUUCUCUUUAGACCCCAGGAAAAACAAACAAAUGGUAAAUGAAAUAAAGGGAAAACAUACAAGGCAAACUUUUCUCAUUUUUUGCAUUACAUAUUAUGAAUUAAUUAAACUGUGGCCUUUGUUAUUAUAAAUGUAAUGAUUCAUUAAACUAUAUUAUGUAAUA